UGCGUGCGACCAGUCAGUCUCAACGUCUCUGCUAUCCUAGACUAGUGCUCAAUUGGCAUGGAGGUGUUACGAGUGUCCUCUCCUUCCAGCAACUCAGUCGGCAACGUGUGGGAGCGUCUGCUACAGACGUUCUCCGUGCCUGCUCCCGUCGCCAACCGCUUCUUGCCCAAAAUCAAGACUGGACCUCUGUUAUUAGAAGUCGGACAGCCUCCCGAAUGGAAACCCUUUGAGGUGGUGCUCGCUGGAGCCAACGCCGCCGACUUGGGGCUCUAUUACUACCCACACAAGGACGCAGCGACUCCAAUGGGUUGUAUUCGUCUCCAGAAUGCGCAUAUUGACAGUCUGGAGGAGGUUCUGAUGGUCGUAACUAAGGAUAAAACGUGGUUCUUAUGUGCCGACCACGUGCGUGACGCCAGUGACUGGAGUGACGCUAUUUGCAACGCCAUCGAACGUAUAAGCUCCGAUGGAGUGCAAGAACAACGUCGACGUCUUGAUAGUGGCGUCUCUACUGUGACUCUAUAUGAACUACAGUCACGCGAUGCAAAAGCCAGAGUGAAUGAAUUUCUAGAGGUUUUCGUGCGCUCCACAAGGGAAGAUUUAUGUCUCCAGGCAGCCAAAGGAGCGCUCUCCUGGUCCUGCAUGCGCAGUCUAACCUGGAAAGUGUGGCUGGACUACAUCCCCUCAGAUCUCCCUUUCAGUCAAUGGACAAGUAUCGCUCGUGAAAAGCGUCAGAGCUAUGAAUGAGCGUGGCAAGUACAAAUUAUUCCAAAAUCUGCUCGUCGGAAAGCAGAGACCAGAGGAGUUUUUGAGCCAAUGUGAGACCUCGACAGACAACCUAUUGCACAACAUCUACAAGGAUGUGCGUCGUACUCGAGGAGAAAUGCCGUUUUUCAGGGACCCUAUUGUCCAGUGCUUGAUGAUUCGUGUCCUGUACGUCUACUCCGCCACACACUCGGAGAUCUCGUAUAAUCAAGGCAUGGGGGAGCUCUUAGCGACAUUAGUGUACCUACUUCACAUCGAACAAUGGUCAUUCGAGGACGAUGAUAUUGAAGAAGUGGUGGCUGGAGAGUACGAGGGAGAAGCUGAUGGUCGACUCAGUGGUUCGUAUUUUUUUCCUGCUAGUAAGCCUCAUGAUAUUAGCAGAGAAGAAGACUCGAGCUUCGUGUACGUCGAGAGUUUCAUUAAUAUCCAGAAUGACGACUCGUUUCUCGACCGGGACAUGUUUCUCCGCUUGGCUCCGUUCGCUGGAGGGUCAGGGAAGUACUACGAGUGCUGUCGUGACGCUGCAGGAGAGAUUGUACGCGAACUGACGGCGUCCGAGUUCAUCGAACACGACGCUUAUCUUCUUCUGGAAGAGAUGAUGUUGCGUAUGGCUGGAACUUACUGUCCGCACGUCCCGAUUCGUAGGAAUUCCAAGCCACAAGCCGACAAACCUCUCAGCUCGGCAGACCAAUUACCGGCUUCACCUUUGGAUGAUCAGAUGAAUCGCAUUCAUCACCACAUCUUGAGUCGUUGUGAUCCUCCGACUGCGCGACAUCUCGUUAACCUAGGAGUGGAGCCGCAGAUUUUCCUAUUGCGUUGGGUGCGCGUCCUGAUGGCUCGAGAGUUCGAGACACCGCAGGUUUGGCAGAUCUGGGACGCCAUCUUCAGCCUCACGCCGAGUGACUUCUCCUUCAUCAACCUGCUCUGUGUUGCCGUAGUACGUGAAUUCCGCGAAGAGAUUCUGGCUGCUGAGGAUUCCACCAACGUCCUGCUCAGUUUGCGGGAUGUCUCGAACCGGAUCGAACCUGCUAGGCUUGUGGAUAACGCCCGUGAGUUGUACGACGCGCUGCUGAUCGCCGCAGCAGUCGAAGCCUCCAUGGGAUCAGCCUGAGUGUAAGUUAAUCAACACGUUUGACGUUUGUGAACAAUGUUUCGCAACACUUCUAUUGCUCGUAGCGGCCUGUACCUACUCUAUUUCUUCUUGCCUCCUUUCUUCGAGGAGUUUUUCUUGCCCAGUAGAUUGCCGUGACGAGCCUUCGAACGUGCUCG